AUGGCCGACGUCAAGCGCAACCCAGGCAAGGCCGGCGCUACACAGCCUGGUGCUUCGGAAGUGCAGGAUAUCAAUGACACCAUCACGUCUGCUAUUGGCGCUCGUGUCAAACUCACGACCGUCGCGCCUCAUUCACAAACCCUUCAAGGCACACUAUACACUGUGUGUCCUGUUCGCAAUGCUGUCGCCUUAAACACCGCUCCCGCUCCGCCAAACCCUUCUUCUACCCUGGCCAACCAUCCUGGCAACUACCACAUCAUCCCUAUCAGGCACAUUCAGUCCUUCGAGCUCAUCUCUCUCGAUGCUGAUGCGGCGAAACAGCCCGUCGGUACCAUCGACAUGAAGAAGUUGCGCGACCGCGAGGAGGCCGCGAUUAGGAAAUUGCAGGAGCAGGAAGCCAACAAGGGCAAGGGUGUCACUCGUGAAGCACAACAGAUCUUUGAUGCCUUGAAGCGACUUCUUCCUACUCGCUGGCACGAGCAACAGAUUGUCGUCAGUGAUUCUGUGAUUAUUAGUCCGCCAUACACUGCCAACGACUGCGAAGCUCCCAAGGGCAAGGACCAGGCCCUCGAUAGAAUUAGGAUGAUCUUGAACGGCGAGAGGGACAAAAUUGCCAGACGCGCUGCUCAGGAAGGCACAUCACCCGCUGGUAACCCAAGAAAGGGAGGUUGA